AUGAAACAUCUCUUUUCUAACAGAAGAUAUAACUUUAAAUCACAAACAAUAGGUGACUCUUUCCAACGCACUGUUGUAACAGAGGAAUUAUAUAUUUCGAAUUAUGACUAUGAUACUUCCGGCACAUCAGACGUAAUUGCACCUGGUAGAAUUACUGACCUCGAAAUAAAUAACAUUGAAACUGCCACAACACAGUAUGGAGAAAAUCGAAAUUUCACAAUUACGUGGACGGCAACUGAGGAUGACAAGAAUAGUGGAAAAGCGACAUCCUAUGAAAUGAAGAUUUCAAAUAACUCUUUCUAUCUGCGUGACAGUUUCGAGUCGGCCGAGGCUUUAAAUAUGACAAAUGUGACGUUGAGUCCACAAGCAGUUGGUUCGACAGAAGCAUUGAAAAUAGUAGUAGAUGCAGAAGAAUCAUUCACUGAAACAAUGUAUUUUGCUGUUAGAGCCGUCGACGAAGCUGGCAAUGUUGGGCCUGUCUCAAAUAUAGUUCCUAUCGUGAUAGCAAGAGGUUUUCGUGCAUCAGGAGAACAAGGAUACGCAGUAACUGAUACAGAUGACGACAUCGUUAUAGAAGAUAUCUCUCCGUCUAAAACAAGUGAUGAAUAUGAUGUUAAGUCUAUUAUCGUCGGCGUAUCAGUUGCUGGUGCAGUCCUUCUACUUGCAGCAGGCGCGUUCCUUUAUGUUAAAAAGUCUGUGACAACAAAGGCGGCGGUGACAGAUAGCCAAUUAUCUAUUUGCACAAAUAACCAUUCGAUGACAGAUGUAGAACCUUUCAAUCCUAACCAGAAUGAGAAGACCUCAACUAAUUCGAGCCCUGUUUUGCAGACCAUUGAAUUCCCUUCCCCUUUUACUCCCUCACAAAUCAAAGAACUAAAUACACAGGACUUUACAAGACCCCAAACCCCUGAUUCAGACCACAGGUAUAUCGAUACUAAGCUUGAAACGAAAGGAACUGACGAAACAGUAGUUGAUAUAGAAGACGAAACAAGCGAAUUUGGGGAUCCGGAUGAUUACAUCACAGAAACAACAACAUUUACAUUUCCAGUGUGUAAGGUUCCAUUUCAUAUGACAAACAAAGCAUUUCCAUUGAAAACCUCAACGGAACAAGAAGGUGUGAAAAAAUAUCACACCGUCGAUGAUAUGUCAGAUCAGAAUGUAUCGGAAAGAAACCAUUCAACUUUACCAGCGCUUCCAUUUGCAACACAUGAAAACAUGGAUCGCAGUCAUCCUCCACCAAACAUGGCUUUACAUAUCUUUAAGCCUGAUGCUUAUGGACCAGGUAAGAAACCAUACUCUUUCCCUGCUCCGUUUAGUGGUGUUUCCAGUACUUUAGAUAUGUCAGCUACAAUGAUUGCUGAUUUAGAAACAACAGACGACAUACUGGAUAAUAAAGAUAUACAGACAGCUGAUAAUGAAAUCGUUAGCGGCACAACUGAUCGCGAAAUGCAUAAAUACCGGAUAGACAUUAACGAAAGCAAAAAUGAAUAUUUAUCCUGUUAUAAUGAUAACGGAAUGCCAGAUUCUGUUGAAACAGGAAGCUCUGUUACCGAACAUUCUGCAUGUAACGAUGUACACACAGACGUCUGUAGCAGAGACGAUGAAGUCAAUUGUGAAAGCAAGAAGUCUUCAGAGUCAGAGAUAGACGAGACCAGCUUUUACAACAAGGAAUAUACAAAGAAAAUCGAAGGGAGUUUAUAUGCAGGUAAUUUCGAAGUUGGCUCCAACAACGCAUCUUAUACAGAAGAAAACGAAGUAAUAUUUAGAAACGAAGCCUAUUCAGUUGAAGACGUCAUCAGUUCGCGAAAUGCCAAUACAGAGAACAUGGAAGUGAAGGCUGAAAUCGAAUGCAAUGGAAGGAAAGUCGGAAUCGAUUCCGACAAUGAGUCAUAAACUGGUAAAGUGAAGUCAGGUCUAACAACCAAUCAUAUGCAGUUCUAACAACGGAUAAUAAACAAAGAAGAUCCCAUUUAAUUCUGAUCCACGUAAUUAUCAUUGAGUCAAAUGGACAAUGGGUUAGAAAGCUGAUCCUUUAGAUAAUCAAAGAAGCAGAGAAUGUAGAGAAAUUAAUGCCAGUUUUUAGUAUUAUAAAAACACUAUUAAAAGUACUUAGUACAAAAUACAGUGGUUACGACCUUAUUUUCCUUCUUUUUAUUUAUGUGUAACAAAAAGGAUAACAAAUUGACAGAAGAAUAGAACUUUGUCUUGUAUUAAAAGUGUAAACGUGUUAACAGAUAUCAAUUGAGACCUUGUUUGUAAAAUCUAUAUAUUCUCUAACAUUUGUUUAAGCAUGUGCAAAAGAAACAUAUUUAGGUAUUUUGGAAUCAAUAAAACAUAAUACAAAGAGAAUGAAUCGUUUUCAGAACUUUCCGUCAUACCUCAUCAUACAACAAUUGUUUGUGCUCAAAAGAGUGUCACAGUGUUGUUUUUACGUUUUUGAUCGUUGAUCAUAUUUAAUGUUUUAUUAUGAUAGGUUCAGCAUUCAUUACAUUUCAUUAACAUACUCAGAUGUUUAAUAUGCGAUAAAUGAAAGCAACAACAGUCCUUAAGUGCAGUGAGGCGGCUAUAA